UUGGCGCUCUUCUUCUCCUUCUUCUUCACCACCCCACCUUCACCUUCCCUUCUCUCCCUCAUUUCUCUGUGUGAAAAAGCCAGUACUCUUUGUUUGGAUUCUAGAGAGAGAAAGUUCAGGACACAAAAAUGCAGACGCUGUGAAAACUAGGCGCUUUUCUUCCUGAAGAUAUUGCUAGCUCUUAGGAAAGCACUUUUGGCGAAUUUUUGUGCUUUUUGAAGUUUUGGUUUUCGGACGUCUAGGGCUGGAGAUUGGAUUUUAGAGUCAAAGGGGUGGUAGUUGGACUUUCAAUUCUGAACGGAGUGAUUCAGUAAUCAGGGAACCACGAACCAUCUCCUUGAAUAGUCUCUGAAUAUCGAUGGGAAAUGAAGAAGAGGGAAAGUCUUCUAAAUGUGAAAAGUCAUCUUCACCUGUUACACAGGAUCAAACAAAUCAUGCUGGUCAGACCAACGUACAUGUCUAUCCGGAUUGGGCAGCUAUGCAGGCAUACUAUGGUCCCAGAGUUUCUCUCCCCCCAUAUUACAACUCAGCUGUAGCUUCUGGCCAUGCUCCCCAUCCCUAUAUGUGGGGUCCACCACAGACUAUGAUGCCACCUUAUGGGGCACCUUAUGCGGCAAUUUACUCACAUGGAAGUGUGUAUGCACAUCCUGUUCCUCUUGGAUCACAUGGUCAAGGGGUUCCAUCAUCACCUGCUGCUGCAACUCCUUUGAGCAUGGAAUUACCUACAAAGUCCGCUGGAAAUACAGACAAAGGAUUAAUAAAAAAGUUGAGAGGGUUUGAUGCGCUUGCCAUGUCAAUCGGCAAUGGUAAUGUUGAGAAUGCCGAGGGUGGGGCUGAACAAAGGCUGUCACAAAGUACUGAGACUGAAGGUUCAAGUGAUGGAAGUGGUGAAAAUACUGCUGGGACAAAUCAAGUCAGAAGAAAGAGAAGUCGUGAGGGGACUCCAACUACUGUUGGAGAUGAGAAGGCUGAGAAGCAGGCCACUCCAGUUUCUAUUAAGGAGGUAAAUGUGGUUUCUGACAUGGAGAUGGGUGCAACUGUUUCUCCUGCUGGUGUUUCGGGAAAGUUGGUCACACCUGUAGUUUCACCUGGCAAUGGCAUGACUACAGCGCUGGAACUGAGGAAUGCUUCUAAAAUUAGUCCGACUAGCGUCCCCCAAACUUGUGCAGUAUUGCCUUCUGAAUCCUGGUUACAGAAUGAACGGGAGCUAAAACGGGAGAGAAGGAAACAGUCCAAUCGAGAAUCUGCUAGAAGGUCAAGGUUGAGGAAGCAGGCUGAGACGGAAGAACUUGCUCGCAAGGUUGAUGCCUUGAAUGCUGAGAAUGUGUCACUAAAAUCUGAAAUGAACCGUUUAACAGAGAACUCGGAGAAAAUUAGGCUAGAAAAUGCUAAACUAGUGGACAAACUCAAAAAUGCACAACUAGGACAUGCAGAACAGAUCAUUUUGAACAGCAGCAUUGAGGAUAAGAGGGCACAGCCUAUUAGUACAGAGAAUCUAUUGUCAAGAGUAAAUAAUUCUAGUUCCGUUGAUAGAACUGCUGAGGAAGAGAAUGAAAUGUAUGAAAAAAACUCAAAUUCAGGUACAAAGCUGCAUCAACUUCUGGAUACUAGUCCGAGGACUGAUGCUGUUGCUGCUGGCUGAGAGCAGGGAACCAGUAUUUGUGCAGUCUAAUCAUGUAGUUUUGGCAUAUUACAAGCCCAAAAUUACUGCUAACAAUAAGCCUGAUGAAUGAUACAGCUGAAUAGGAUUGGUGUCUAUGAAAGCCUAUGUUCUAAUGUUUACGUGUGAGUUGUUAGCUCCCUCGUGGAAGAACUGAUGUUUUCCUAAGUAGAUUUCAGAGUGCUGAAAUGGCCACUGAAAGGUAAUGUACAUUGAAGAGAUUUAGAGACUUAGAAUAGGGAGGAAAUGCUUUUUAUUGUGCCUGGUUGUUCUGUAAUUUCAUUUACUAGUGAUGUGUUGACCACUAUGCAAUGUGUGAACGAGGAAACAUUUCUUCUAGUAAACGUUGUAAAAUUCCUUUGCCACGCUUGAAUGGUAAUUGCUUGUGGAAGUGUUGGCCGAAAAUGAGGUAGGGUUUAGGACUUUUAAGUCCAUCAUUUGGGAUUGUUUAAUGAUGAGAAACGUUUAUUUGAUCAAAUUUGGUUAGUUGUGAUGAAUAAGAAAUUUUUUCCUUUUGGAGAAAA